AUGGUCAAAAGAACAGAACAGGAACAGCGGCUGCUGGAAAUGCUGAACACGCGCGGCAACCGCAACAAGUGCGGCGAGUGCGGCGCGCAGUAUCCAACGUGGGCGUCCUGGAACCUCGGCGUGUUCCUGUGCGGCCGGUGUGCCUCGAUCCACCGGAGUCUCGGCCCAGACGUCUCGCAGGUUAAGUCUCUGAGUUUGGACGUUUGGACGGCAGACGAGCUGGACGCGCUGGAGUCGAUGGGCAACAAGGAGAACCAGCGGCUGUGGAACAGCCGGAAGGAGCCGUUUCCGUUCGACGACGACGACAAGGGCGCAAUUACGCUCUAUUUGCGUAACAAGUACAUAAAGGGCCUGUUCCGGACCACUCCCAUCGAGCCGGAAGACUACAGUUCGAGCCGUCACCAGUACGCCGAUCUCUCGCGCAAGCUGAGAUACGACUAUGGGUUUGAAGACGAGGAACGCAACCUGGACGCUCUGGAACGCAGUAACGGCGACAUCAAGCGCGCGCUGCGCAUUCUGGCCAAGGAGAAGGACGAGACUCCGCCGCCGCUUCCUAGACGCAGACCCACGGCUGGCGCUCUUCUGGACUCGACCAAGACCGGUGCGGCCGAUUUCGAUUGGCUGAGCGGCGACGGCCAGGCACAGCAGGCACAGCAGGCACAGCAGGCCCAACAGACCCAGACCGGCGCCCCAGAGGUCCAGAUUUACCAGUACAUCGACCCAAAUACUGGGCAGGUGUACUAUAUCGACUCGAACGGACAGCAGUAUAUGGACCAGAACCAGGCGCAGAUGGAGGCGCAAAUGCAGAUGCAGAUGCAGAUGCAGCAGAUGCAACAGCAACAAAUGUUGCAACAAAGACAGCUGGCCAACGCCCAGGUGUUGUCGGCGUAUAACCAGCCGACCGGCCAGCCGGGACAGAUGGGAAUGGGCCAGGGUUUCUUCUGA